AAGUGCUACCGGAGUUUACAGUUAAAAGCGUCAGGUGAAACUUGGAUUGGGAAGACGAGGGAACCGAAGCAGAACUUUACUGGGUCGAAACUUUUUUUGAGGGGCCCGUCUGUGUUAUAUUUAUGAACGUCUGUGGUGGAGGAUACUUUUAUAUCAGAAACUAGAACGUUAACAAGAUGAAGAGCCUCAAGUAUCGAUUGAAAAAGCACGAAGUUACCAUCACAAACACAGACUGGAACAAGUACGAUGAUCGGCUGAUGAAGGCAGUGGAACGUGGCGAGGCGGACAAAGUUGCUGCUGUUCUCAGCAAGAAGGGCAUCAUUCCCACCAAGCUUGACGUGGAGGGACGCUCUGCGUUUCAUUUGGCAGCCACUCGGGGACAGCUGGAGUGUCUCAAUCUCAUGCUGGGACACAAUGUUGACAUCACUGCAAAAGAUGCCUGUGGAAAAAACGCUCUUCAUCUGGCUUCAAAGUAUGGAUAUUCUCUGUGUGUGCAGAAACUCCUGCAGCACAACUGUCCAGUUGGAAACGUGGACCUACAAGGACGAACUGCUCUACAUGAUGCCGUCAUGGCGGGCUGCCCCUCCAGUGUGAAACUUCUGUGUGACAACGGGGCUUCUGUGAACGCCUCUGAUUUUGAUGGCAGGACUCCUCUGAUACUGGCCACCCAGAUGUGUCAUCCACACAUAUGUCAGCUGCUGCUGGAGCGUGGGGCCGAUUUCACUGUCAGAGACAAACAAAACAAGACAGCUCUGAUUUUGGGCUGCGAGUUUGGCUGCAAGGACGUGGUGGAUGUGUUAUUGAGGACUGGCAUUGAUGUGAAAGCAGUCGACAACAUGGGUCACGAUGCAUUUCAUUACGCUCGUCUCAACAACAACCCAGAGCUCACUGCAAUGGUCAAAAGUCACCUUGAGAAGGCCACCAGAGAAAAAGAGGCUGCGAAGAUCGAACAGUGGAAGCGGCAGCUUUCAGUGGAGAGAUCGGAGGCAGCUGAGUCCAACAGGAAGGAUCAGAUCAUAUAUGAUCUGGAAAUGCAGAAUGAAGCCCUUCAGGAACAUCUCAGGAAGUAUCACCUGGAGCAGAAAGUUCUGAUGGACAAGGUCAACGUGCUGCAACACCAACUCAAACAGGAAAAAACAACUGUGGAAGACUCUCAGAAGGAGAAGGAGCAGUACAAGGCGUUACUCAGUGCCAAAGAAAAAGAGGAAGGAGGUCGCGGUCCAGAGACUGUCAAAGUUCAGCUCCGGAGCGCUCUGGGGGAGUACUCGGGUCAGUCUGUUAUCAAAGGAAAAGAAAACUUGUUAGUAAAGCAAGCUCACAGUCUGGAUUCUGACCAGAUUCUACAGAACCCUCCUGUUUCCAGACAAGUCCAGAGGAGCCUAACUGCAGGAGGCUGGGAUCUCCCUGAAGGGGAAGUCCUCCAAUGUGAACUUGAGACGAUUAAGAGAAAACUGCAGUCCACAGAGGAGGAGAAGGCCCGACUUCAGUCUGCGCUGAACCAGAAGAACCGAGAGUGCCAAGAACUCACUGAGAGCCGAGACACCAUCCAGAAACAGGCUGACCAGCAGGUUCAGGAGCUGGAGGACGCUUUGAGGGAUGUCCAGAAGAGGAUGCUGGACUCUGAGGGUAAAGUCAAACAGCUGCAGGCCCAUGUUGUUGCAGUGAAGGAACACCUGGGGGGUCAGGCGACAGAAGAACUGCGUGCACAGCUUCAGGAUGUGAAGGUUAAAUAUGAAGGGGCUUCAGCCGAAGUGGGUCGCGUUCGUAACCGCCUGAAACAAAGCGAGAAAGCCUUGGAGGAAUACAAGAGCAGUGAGAACCAGCUGGCUGCAGAGACUGAGAGGCUGAACCAGGAGCUGGGAGCUCUGACUGCAGAACGAGACAAAAUGACAGAAGCCUUUCUAAAGAUGGAAACUCACCUGAAAGAGGCUCAGACCAAACAGGGCAACACUGUCCCAGCUGAGAAGUUUGACAACAUGAAGAACCUGCUGACCAACGCAGUGGAUGAGAAGGAACGGCAGCUUGCCGAACUGAGGGAAGACUACGACCGCGUGCUGGAAGAGGUGUCGGAGCUCCAUCAGAAGCUGGACAGUCCAUCAUCCCAGGGCAUGUCUGCAGAGGAGCAUCAAAGGAUAGUUUCUGCUCUCGAAGAACAGAACGCUGCUCUGAAGAGGAAGCUGAUGGACGUGACUGCAAAAAGCCAAACUCUUAUCGAAGAGGUGGAGGAGAGCGAAGAGGAGAGAGAUGUGCUACAAGAGCAGCUGGACGAACUCAACAGCAGGAUUCAGAAUGAAUUUAUACCCCUAAAGGUUCACGAGGAGGUUCAAAACAACAUGGUGGGGGAUCUGGAGGAGCUGAAGGACAAACUUGUGGAAGCCAGUGAACGUUACGGAAAAGCAGAGGCUCAACUCCAGCAGCUUCAAGCUGAGAAGGCCACGUUACAGGAGUCUAUGAGCAGUAUGAAGGGUGGCAGUGAGAGGAAUCAGAGGGAGGUGGACGCUUUGAAGGCCCAGAAUACCGAACUAAUAAAGAAACUUGAAGUUCUGCAGAAGAGAUGUGAAGAUGGAGAUAAAGAACGUGAAGAGCUGAAUGUACAGAAGCAGGCUCUGAAACACAGCAUGGAGGAACAGUUUGUUCCCAGGCAGCAGCAUGAGAAGGUGAAGAUGGAGCUAAGUUCCACCUUAGAAAGUGUUAAAGCUGACAAGUUGAAGUUAGAGACCAAGGAAAAAGAAAGUGUGGAAGAACUGAAGAACGUGAAAGAAGGAAAUGAGGAGUUGAAAAACCAGUUGGAAAAAGUUCUGUUGGAGAUGAAAAAAGAGUGUAUAAGUAUGAAAGAGCACAGAGCUGCCAUAGACAAGCUGAACGCUGCUGUGGACGAGGCAGAAAAACGAUCAAACCAAGCAUCAGCCUUGCAUGCUCAGGCUCAGGAGGAAGUACAAAAGCUCACUCAGGAGCUGGAGUCCCAGAAGAAAGAACUAGAUGCUAUACAGGAAGCUAUUCAGUCCAAGUUUAUCCCACUGACAGCAGCUGAGGAAAAGGAAACUACUUACAGCUCUCAGGUGAAGGAGUUGGAGCAGAAACUGAGGGGAAUGGAAGAGAAGUAUCACACAGAAAGAUCUGCCUGGGAGAGCAUGAAACAGGAGAAAGAGAAACUUAAAGUUGAAACUGAAAGUGUUCAGCAGAGACUAGACACUGCUCUAGUUAGCAGCGAAAAGCACAAACAAGUGGAGCAAGAGUUUAAGUUGAAAUUUGAGGCAGUUACACAGAAGCUGGCCAGCUUAGAGCAGCAGCUCCAGGAGGUGACUCUUCAGAAAGCAGAACUGCAAGACCAGAACACUCUCUGCAGCACUCAGAUCCAGAACCUGCAGGAGCGUCUGAAAUCUGAGCUGACUCGGAUCGCAACCUACGACACAGAGCUGACAGCCCUCCAGGACGCCAUGCAGCAAGCUCAGGCUGAUUGCAAGAAAGCAAGAGAGGCCCAGCAAGAGGAAGCUCAGAGAGUCACUGUCCUACAGAAAGAACUUCAGGACCACCGCAGGGAACAAACGUCACUGAUGCAACAGCACGGCAAGGCCAAAGAAGCCCUGGAGGCGGAGGUUGCCAAGCUUCGAACGUCCCUCCACGAAGAGGAGGAGAACAACACUCAGAGGGCCGAAGACGUAUGUGCCCUGCAGUCGGAGCUCUUGCAAGCCACGCAAGCUCUGGAAGACAUCCGCCACAAGGAAGACCAAAUGAACGAGCUGAAGAAGGAGAAGCAGCUGCUGGAGGAGGAGGCUGUCAGCCUGAGCAACAAGCUGUUGAGUUUAACAAAGGAGUGUCAAGAGGCCCAUCUGGAGGUGCGACAAGCCAGAGAGGGCGAGAGCAGGGCCAGGACUGACAUGGAAGCUGUCCAGGAGAAGGGCCGGGCCAUUGAGAAGGAAAUCAGCGAGCUGAAAGAGAGGUAUGACGAGUCGCUCAGCACCAUCUGUGAUCUCCAGAAGAGGAUCCAGACGUCCGCUCAACAAACUGAAGCCAAAGACAAGAAGAUCACAGAGUUACUGACAGACGUGGAGCGACUGAAGCAGGCACUCAAUGGUCUUUCUCACCUGGCAUACACAAGCAGUGCACCAAAUAAGAGACAAACACAGCAGGUGGACACACUGCAGGCCCAGAUUAAGAGCCUACAACAGCAGCUGGCUGAUGCUGAGAGGCAGCACAGGGAGGUGGUUUCAAUUUAUCGGACUCAUCUUCUGAGCGCAGCACAGGGCCACAUGGAUGAGGACGUUCAGGCCGCCUUACUACAGAUCAUCCGCAUGAGACAGGAGUUUGUCUGUUAAAGCUUCCUAAAAAACAAAACAAAACCUCUGUGUGCUCCAGUUUAGUGUUAUCUCGUCCUUCUUUGUAUAACGUGACGUGUGAGGAGUAAGAAAGACUAAUUUCCAGAUGGCUUUUCUGAAAUCUGUUUAUCUGUAGUAUCUCUGCACCUUGAUUCUUAGAUGUUUACAUCUGAAACCUGUGGCUACAGAUUAGGAACAACAACUUUUACAGGCACAAAUGUGUGUUGUUGUCAAACCCAAAACUCAAAAUCAGUUCCAGCUUUAAAUUCAGUUUAUUGCUACACAUUAAUUCAUUUUUGUUGAAUCUUUUAGAACAGAUUUUGCAAGUCAGCAGUUUUGACCUAUUUUGUUCAGUAACGUGGAAGUUAUUUGAAGUUUGAAUUUGUUUGGUUGUUGUUUUUUUUUUUUUUUUUUUUUUUUUUUUUACAUGACACACUCCUAAAUGCUCAGCUGAAAUGAAAACUGGACAUGAUCACAAAGACCACUUUCACAUUCCCACCUGACAGUCCACACUGCACAAUGUUUUCAUCUUUUAUUGAAAUGUUGCUGAAGUUUUAAAGGACAGGUUCAUAUUUUAUGUAAUUAUGUACUGAUAUGCUCUGAAAAGUUACCAGUUGCUCUUGUUAUUACUUCUAAAUCUACGUCACCUAUAAAACAUACUGCUAACGUAGUAAGAUGACAAAGUUAAGUGUUAGAUUGAAGACAGUUUAGGAAAUGGGUCGCAGACAUUUUUAUAAACUUUCUUCUGCAGUGAAUCCUAAACUCUGCCUCAAAUAAGCUCUGGACAAAUAAAAUAGUCAAAGGCAACAUUAUUGGGCUUAAUUCAGUUUGCAAGUGUUAACAAUAUGGCUAUUUAUGGAAAACAAUUGGUGUAAAUUAAAACAAUGAAUGAAAUGUUGUAUUUUAUGA